AUGAAGUUGCUCGACCGAGAGUCCGAGGGGCGAAGCGGUUGCUCGACUGAUAAGAAAAGGAAGGAGGUUCAAGCUCUAGCCCAGGCCCAGUAUGUAGCUCAAGAAGAACUAGCCAGUGUUCUUGAUAAGAAGAAUUAUAAUAAGGCGCUAAGCGUAAAAAAGAGGAAAGUCUUAGUUCUUCAGUCCAUUCAUUGUAGAUUUAGCUUUUCAACUCCUGUCUUCGUCUUUCAGAACUGCAAACCCCAAGAUAGGAGAAGAGCUUACAAUCUACAUUCUCUAUCCCGGCCGCUUUAUUGCAGCGAGGCAAUGAGCAUUGUGCUGCUUGCGACUCCUGCGUCUACUUUUGACAACUCAGGGCAGGGUAAUGUAAAUUUGUGCGCUUGGUCCGUCCUGUACUUGCCUGCGAGUGCUUUCUUUCCUUCAUACAUCGAGGGGAUAUCCGUAGAGCCGGGGCUGGUUGGUCCGGUGGAACAAUGUUCUUAUAACUCAAUACUGAAGCCUUCAAAAGGACUCUUAUUCCCGAACGUGAGGACUGCAAUUGCAUGA